ACGCUGUUCAUGGUGCCAAGGACUAGACUGGAACUGCUGCCUCUUUAUGCUCGGUUUGUGGCCAUCUUGAGUCCAGUGGUUCCUGAUGUAGCAACCAACUUGUGUCAGCAACUGAAAUCAGAAAUGUUGAGACAUAUCAACAAAAAGGACCAAGUAAACAUAGAGUCAAAGAAGAAGACCCGUUAA